UAUUCAUUUUCAUUCAUUCAUAAACCCUAUCACUGACUAUAAAAACCCCUAAUACUUCAAACGCACUUUCUCGUCACACUCUUCUUCUCACUAAACUUCACCUCUUUCUACGCAACGUCAAUAAUGGCCACCGCACAUUCACAAACCCUUCGAAUCUCUUCACUUUCAUCUUCCAGCUCUCUUUCUCUCUCCUCAAAACUUCCUCUCUCCUCCGCCUUCUCCGUCUCCUUCCGCUCCAGCCGCCGCGCCGCCCGCCCCCUCGUCGUCUUCGUCUCCGCCGGCCUCGACGCAAAACCUACCGUUCUCGUCGCCGAGAAGCUCGGCGAGGCGGGCCUCAAGCUGCUCAAGGAGUUUGCUAACGUGGACUGCAGCUACAACCUCAGCCCUGAGGAGCUCUGCACUAAGAUCUCGCUCUGCGACGCGCUAAUCGUCAGGAGUGGAACCAAGGUCACGCGCGAGGUGUUUGAGUCCUCCGCCGGCAGGCUCAAGGUCGUCGGAAGGGCCGGCGUCGGGAUCGACAAUGUGGAUCUGGCUGCCGCCACCGAGCAUGGCUGCCUGGUGGUUAAUGCCCCCACCGCCAACACCGUCGCCGCCGCUGAGCACGGGAUCGCGCUUCUCGCAGCCAUGGCUAGGAACGUUGCUCAGGCUGACGCGUCCGUCAAAGCUGGGAAGUGGCAAAGGAACAAGUACGUUGGAGUUUCGCUGGUUGGAAAAACACUGGCUGUCAUGGGAUUCGGGAAGGUUGGUUCUGAAGUUGCUCGUCGUGCCAAGGGGCUUGGUAUGAAUGUCAUUGCACAUGAUCCUUAUGCUCCCGCAGAUCGUGCUCGUGCCAUUGGUGUGGAGCUUGUGGGCUUUGAUGAGGCCAUUGCCACUGCAGAUUUCAUCUCUUUGCACAUGCCUCUUACACCUGCUACAAACAAGAUGCUCAAUGAUGAGACUUUCGCCAAGAUGAAGAAAGGAGUUCGCAUAGUCAAUGUUGCUCGUGGAGGAGUCAUCGAUGAGGAUGCUCUUGUUAGAGCAUUGGAUUCUGGCAUUGUAGCUCAGGCGGCGCUUGAUGUUUUCACGGUGGAGCCACCCCCAAAAGACAGCAAGUUGAUCAUGCAUGAGCAAGUCACUGCAACACCUCAUCUUGGUGCCAGUACCAUGGAAGCUCAGGAAGGAGUGGCCAUUGAAAUAGCAGAAGCUGUUGUUGGAGCAUUGAAAGGGGAGCUUGCUUCUACUGCAGUCAAUGCACCAAUGGUUCCCUCAGAGGUGUUGACAGAAUUACAACCGUAUGUUGAUCUUGCUGAGAAAUUGGGGAGGCUGGCUGUCCAGUUAGUAGCAGGAGGAAGUGGUGUGAAAACAGUGAAAGUGACCUAUGCUUCUGCAAGGGCUCCUGAUGAUCUUGACACUCGUGUUCUUCGUGCUAUGAUAACCAAGGGUCUGAUUGAGCCCAUAUCAAGUGUUUUCGUGAACUUGGUUAAUGCUGAUUUCACUGCCAAGCAAAGAGGAAUCAGGAUAACCGAGGAGAGGAUUAUUCUUGAUGGUUCACCUGAGAGCCCAGUGGAGUUCGUCCAGGUACAGAUUGCUAAUGUCGAAUCCAGAUUUGCUAGUGCCAUAUCAGACUCUGGGGAGAUUAAAGUUGAGGGUAAAGUGAAAGAUGGGAUCCCGCAUUUGACCAAGGUUGGAUCCUUCGAUGUUGAUGUGAGCUUGGAAGGUAGCAUUAUACUCUGCAGGCAGGUGGAUCAGCCAGGCAUGAUCGGAAAGGUUGGGAGCGUUUUGGGCCAAGAGAAUGUGAACGUCAGCUUCAUGAGUGUAGGAAGGAUUGCUCCCCGUAAGCAAGCUGUGAUGGCAAUUGGCGUUGACGAACAACCCAGCAAAGAAACCUUGAAGAAGAUUGGAGAAAUUCCCGCUGUUGAAGAGUUCGUUUUCCUCAAGUUGUAAAAGAUGUGACAUGCUUGUUUUUAUUUACCGGGGGUUGUUGCCCCCCUUUUUCUUUAAAUGUUGGGUUGGGCAUGACUGCAUAGUGUGCCCGGUUUUGAUGCGGUAUCAUCAAUGAAAGAUUGAGAGUAGCUAUAGUUUUUAGGGGGAUGAGGAAAAUAAUGAUUAAACUUGCCAUUGAUACAGUCCAAAUGAAAAGAAAUCUGUGUAACUGAUACUGUGCUUUAUGAAUUGUUGUUUAUUAAAGCCA